AUGCCUGUCGUCAUUAAGCCGGACUCUGACUCCCAAAGCGGCAAGAACCGCGACUUUGCUACGUCGUCGCCCUUAAACCUUCUCUUGAACACCUCGGCCCCCCAUCACCGCUGCCUCAUUCUACACUCAUCGUUCAGCUCUCAGCACGAUCCUGGAGGUUCUACGAACCCCCCGUUCUCCAUUGUGGGCAACAAGAACGGCUUCGUACAUACCAUCAUUCGCGCCUGGCAGCAAGACCUGCACCUGAGGAUCCGGCCCGACGAUGUGUGGCUCGCCAUUCUCACCCAGUUUAGUUUCUUCGUCAACAAGAACGCCGAGGCGCUC